AUGAUGAGUACCGUCGAAAGGAUUUCAACGAUCAUACCAAAGUUUAAAUUGCAAUUACUUUUUCUCGAGGAACGAGAAAAAUUAUUUAAACAAAAUAGCAGUAUUUCAACCGAAGGUGAUGGUUCAUUAUCAAUGGUUGUUACUGGUUCAUCACCUGACUGUCUACCAAAAUCACCGAUUCGCAAUUCAAUACUGUCUGUCCAGUGUGAUAAUCCUACAAAUGUUGAUGCAGUAUUUCCUGACGAAUACAAAAUUCCGUCGUUACCAAAUGGCUUACUUAAGGAUAUUGAAGAAGGAAUUUUGCAGAAUUAUCCAUCAUCGGUACAAUUCGAUAAAAUUGGUCAAGCAGUUGUGAAGCUGUUGAAAUUACCCCUAACGAAAGAGAACAUUACGAUAUGGAAAGAUGCAUUACAAACGAAACUGAAACGUAAACGGACUGAAAAUUUAGAUAAUAUUGUCAUCCAGAAUUAUCGACUGAAAUACUCCCGAACAGGGUUUGGACGUCCUGUAAAACAAAGAGUUGAUGAAAUUGCAAAAAGGGAUCGUUAUACACAAAUGAUCUUGUUACCAAAUAACGAUGAAAUGUCUGAUGAUAUCCAAACAAAGGCAGAUCAACUACGACAUAUAUCGCAAAUCGAUGUUGUUAGUCAAUUGAAACUAUGGAAGGAAACGCUUUAUUUUCGUCGUCAAUCAAUUAACAAUCGAUCGACUGAAGACAUUAUGAAAGAUUUUCCCGGUUAUUCUUAUUCAUUGCUGGUGUUCGAAGAAGUGAAGCUAUUGAUGAACGUUGAUUUGCCUUCCGCAGUACGACGACAACUACCUGAUCUUUUGAACAAAAUGUCCUCAUCAUUGUUAUUCAUUACAGAAUCACCCGCAAUUCGGUUGAUGAAAUUAUUGUGCAAAGAAUUUCGUGAACCUGUCCAACAUUUAUUUUGUCACGAGAAGCCAUCGACUCCUUAUCCAACAUUGGUCUAUAUUAAUGACACGAUGGAUGUUUACGUCGAUUUCAUUUCAAUUGUCUCAACGGAUUCAGUCGAUGAUGCUGUUGGACUCCUCAUCGCUAUGUAUACAAUUUUCGGUUUAUCAUUCGAUAAGAAAAGUCGUGCAGUUCGGCUUCUUUAUUCGGUUUUAUAUGGCGAAACAAGAUAUUUAACCAACUCAGUUCGUAUUUUGAUGAAGGAAAAGAGUAUCGAAGUCCAUAGUCAACAACAAAAGCAACACCAACCAAUGUUGAAUGCUUCGUCAAAUGACUCCACAAUGCCUUCAACUGAAUCUCGAUCUACAUCUCAAGCACAACCACAGCCGCAAUCUCCAUCUCAUUCUCCAAGACAGAUCAAAAUCAAUUCACCGUGUGCUUCUUCGGUUCAGGUCGAUUCUCUCGCGGUGCGCCAAUUAACACAAGCAAAACUGACAGACGAAAAUCAUGAUUCAAAUGAAGAUUUAUGUCUUGACACGAACCAAGACAACACCAGCAGCAUUGAAACAACAUCAUCGAGCAAAUUCAAAUCACAACAAAAGAUUAAACCACGAAAUAAGCAAAAGAGAAAGUCAGCUCCAGAUGAUCAAAAUUCAGAUUCUUUGGUUGCUACGAAAACAAAUGAUCAUCAACUUACUUCUACCAACUCAACUGCAUUUCAUGAUCUUACCAAUUCGAAUUGUACUUCGCGUCCGAAACGAAAACGAAGAGUUUAA